AUGGACACGUCGUCAACCCUCGCGACGAGCGCCACCCCGACAAUUCCCGCCGAACAGCUUGCCGCACUUACAUCGCUGCUGUCGGGACUCACCGCUGCCGCUUCCGGCACUACCGCACCCGCCACGACAUCCGGCUCCAAUCGCAAUGCCUUCCCGAAGCAUGCGCGGUUGGACGGGCCGAAGACGUUCGCGAACUGGACACGCCAGCUUCGCCUGUGCCUAGCGGACGACAUCCGCUCCUACGUCCUCGACGGAAUCACCCCCGACGAUUGGACGCCUUCGCAACGCUCCGCCCGCGACGUCGUGGCACGCGAGAUCCUUGCAAACUCAAUCGACUCGGCCGAAGUCUCGGCAGUCCUCGACAAGAUCCCUACGGCCGACCUCACAGCGCCCAAGAUUUACUCGACGCUGAAAUCGCGAUACGCCCCUGAUGACGCCACUCGCACGCUCGAGCUCUUCUCGCGACUCUGGGGCUUCCGACCCAUGCCCGGAACGGUUGGCGAAUUUGACAGUUGGAUCAUGGACUUCAAGUCGGUCGCGCAAGAGAUCAUCGAUACGAAAACGACGAUCAACGACGUCCUUGCCACACUCCUCCUCGCGAUCGCCCACCCGUCACUCGAGAGCUUCAAGGCAACGUUCACCGACGAACAACGCACGCAACGAACUCUCCCUGACAUCGAUUCAGUGGCCGACCGUAUGCGAGUUCAACUCCGGUCAACGAACCUCUCCAACGAUCAAUCGGCCCUCCUUGCCUCGUCGUCGCCACGUUCUACCCGUACCAAGUGCCUCGCCUGUCGCAGCUCUUCUCACCGCGUCGCACAAUGCCCUACAAGGGCCCAGCAUCCACCGCCAGGCCCGUGUCGCUCCUGCAAGAAGAAGGACCACUGGUCUUUCGACUGCAAAAAGGCUCUUGAGGACGGGAAAACGCCCGACACCUCUGAUGCGCAACACCAUGUCGGAUGUCUCGCCACCGGUCUUCUCGCACAUCGUCGUCAGCUUCGCAACAACUCCUUCGUCGUCGACUCGGGUGCCACUUCGCACAUGGUCUCGGACAAGUCGCUGUUCACGGCCUAUCGCCACAUCGCUCCUACGAAGAUUGGUGGUAUUGCAGGGGGCAUCAACGCCGUCGGAACGGGAAACAUCGCCUUUGUUGCCGCCUCCGGUCACCCGAUCACGCUUACCGGCGUGCUGCACACCCCGGGCCUGUCUGUCAACCUCCUCUCGGUCUCUCGACUUUGCGACACCGACGAUGUCCGUGUCGCCUUCACGAAGCACGGCAUCCAUAUCGACAAGAACGGCAAUGCUAUCGCUGAAGGCGCAAGACUCGAGGAAGGGCUCUACUUGCUGGACGCUGAUCAUUCCAAAUGUCAGCAUCUCGCUCUCCUCUCUCGCUCACAGUCUUCCGUGCCCCUGCUGACCCUUCACCGCUGCCUCGGCCAUCUCGCACCGUCGUCCAUACAGAAGAUGGUUGCCGCUGGUUUGCUGGAAGGUCUCGGGGCCGGAUAUAGUGACGAAGAGGUAGAGAAGUUUGUCUGCAAUGCUUGCCUCAGUGCAAAGGGCCAUCGUCUUCCUUUUCCCGAUUCGGACUCGCACUCCUCAGAGAGACUCGGCCUCGUACACAGCGAUGUGCUUUCCUUUCCCGAGUCGUCCUUGACUGGCAAGCGUUACCUGGUCACGUUUCUUGACGACUUCUCGCGCAAACUGUGGGCAUACGCGAUCGGACACAAAAGCGAAGUCUUUGGCGUGUUCAAGACAUGGCUUGCCGAGGUCGAACUCGAGACGGGUGCAAAACUGAAGGUCCUCCGAACCGACAAUGGUGGCGAAUACUGUUCGAGAGCGUUCACGGAAUUCUGUAAGGCACGCGGCACACGUCGACAAUACUCUAUCCCUCGAACGCCUCAACAGAACGGUCGUGCCGAACGAGUCAAUCGUUCUAUCGUCGAAGGUGUCCUUGCCCUCCUUGCAGACGCCCACUUACCCAAAUCAUUCUGGGAGGAGGCAGCAGCUUAUUUCGUCUACUGCAAGAACCUGUGCGAACACUCGGCCCUGGACAAGGCAACACCGAACUUCGCCUGGCAGGGCGACCGCACCAACGCCUCGGCGCUUCACCCGUUCGGCUGCACGGCUUGGCUCACAGUCGCGCCUGAACUUCGCUCGAAACUCGACCCGAAAGCGGUUCGCGUUCUCUUCACCGGCUAUGACCUGGCUUCUAAAGCCUUCCGUUUCUACGACACGACGACCAAGAAGAUCAGUUUGGGCAGAAAUGCCAGUUUCCUCGACAACGAAUUUCCCGGGUUACGUAGCGACUCCACCGAGCAAGACGCCGACACGCACUUCGCCAGCGCUUGCCCGACCACCGAAUCCCAAGCCGUUGUCAAGACAUGGACCCCACUAGUAAGGUCGGCGCACAUGGACGUCUCAUCCUCUCUUGAUGACUCUGCCAUGAGCGCCGUUGACGUGGCCCCAGGGUACACUGGCGGAACCUUACUUAAUUCCACAGAUGCCGAAUCGUCCUCGUCACCGUCUCCUGAGCCGUCCUCGUCACCGUCGCCCGCAACCCCCUUGUCACCGUCGCCUGCGCUGUCACCGUCGUUGGCUGCGUCAUCGUCACCCUCGGCCUUACCGACCGACUCUGACUACUCCGCCGACCCUCUGGACCUCAUCGGCUCACAGACCCCGACUCGCCUCGGCCCACCGGACGUGCACCGCCCAGACUUCAGCACGUACCGUGAGCCCGCAUCGGCUGAGGAGUCGCCCGACGAACUCGACAUCAUUGGGCGCCACUCGCGCGAUGAAUCGCCGGACGAAAUCGAUUUCCUCACCCAACACCACCGCGCCUUCAUCGCCACCGACGACGACAACUCUGACACAGAAGCCAUUCAACCAGUCAAGUCCAUCACCAGCGACCCACAGACAUGGCGCGAGGCAAUGUCGAGUGACAAGCGCGAAGUGUGGGCCAAGGCCGCUACCGACGAGUUCAAUUCCAUGCGCGACGACUUCAAGGUCUUCACCAUCGAGGACCGAUCCACGGUACCAGCGGGUGCGACCAUCGUCACAUCCAAGUUCGUCUGGAAAACGAAACGGAAUGCACUCGGCGAAGUCACCGGCCACAAGGCACGGCUCGUGGCGCAGGGAAAUCGGCAACGCGACGGCAUCGACUUCAACGAAACCUUCGCACCAGUCGCACGCUUCUCCUCGAUACGCUCACUCCUCGCGCUGGCGGCCGCCAACGGCUUGCACGUGCACCAGGCGGACAUCGACAAAGCCUAUCUGCAUGGCGACCUUGACCAUGACAUCUGGAUGACGACACCGCGCGGCUUCGACCUUCCCACCGACAAGGUGCUUCGUCUGCGACGCUCCAUCUACGGACUCAAACAGGCUGGCCGAAUCUGGAAUCGACACAUCGACGCAUCGCUUCGAGAUCUCGGCUAUACGGCGACGGGCACCGACCACUGCGUGUACUCUCGGAUCGACGAUCGGCGACGCCCACACUACAUCGCGCUGUACGUCGACGACCUCCUGAUGAUCAGCCCCGACUUGGCCGAAAUUGAACGUGUCAUCUCGGGCCUCGAACAACGCUACGGCGUCAAGCGCCUCGGCCCGGCAGAGUACAUCCUCGGCAUCCAGAUCAGGCGACUCGAAGACGGUUCUAUUGCCCUGUCCCAGGAACGGUACAUCAUGGACGUGCUUGCUCGGUUCCACUUCGACACCACGACUCGCGGCACUACAGUCCCGAUGACCCCCGGCCUUUCGCUCACCGCCAUCCCGGGUCAAGGCACCGAACGGAUCAGGUCAUGGUAUCUGCAGGCUAUCGGCUCGCUCCUCUACAUUUCGCUCGGCACCCGCCCCGACAUCGCCUUCGCCGUGUCCUACCUGGCCCGCUUCGCCAACAACCCUGGACGUCGUCACUGGAUCGCGGUCAAGCACAUCCUCCGCUAUCUCCGGGCCACAUAUCGCGACGAACUGGUUUAUGCUUGCGGCGAGACACGCAUCACGGGCGUGGUUGGCUACUCCGACGCGAACUGGGGGGCCUGCGUCGAUACGUCGGUGUCCACUAUGGGCUACGUCUUCUACAUUGCCGGAUCCGCCGUGUCUUGGUCGUCCAAGCGUCAAUCUCGAGUUGCCGAUUCUACCACCGACGCUGAAUACCUCGCCCUCUCGCAUGCUGGCAAGGAAGGGAUCUACCUCAGUCAGCUGCUCGAGGAGCUCCAUGUCCAACCUGUUGCACCGGCUCACAUUUUUACUGACAAUGAAGCCGCUGCCGCAGUUGCCCACGACCCUGUCCGCGUCUCCGGCACUCGACACAUACGCUUGUGCGAGCACUUUGUUCGGGACAUGGUGAAUCGGGGCGAUAUCUCACUCUCGCAUGUGGGAACCAGCAACAUGGUGGCCGACAUCUUCACAAAGGCUCUUGGCCCAAAGAUUUUCUCGACACACUGCUACGCACUAGGCCUUCGCACUCGACACCCACGGCUUGGAUCUGCCUCGCAUUCGCGUGGGGGGGGGUGUGAAGAGUCCACUCUCAGCUCGACAGGGGCGCCUCGGUCGUUGCGCGCGCCUGCUAGCCUGGCCCCUGUGGUGGGGACUUAGGCGCGCGCGAGUGCCUCAGCGCGCCGGCGCCGGCGGUUUUCGGGCGCGCGCCGCUAGCCCGCCCUUGCAGUGGGGACUUAGCCGCGCGCGACUGCCUCAGCGCUCCAGCGAUUUCGCCCGCGCCUGGGCAUAUCCCAGCGCGGGCCCCCUUUCCAUUUCUUAGCUUCCUUCUCAUCACUUCUGUUCGACUCUCGACUUCUCCUGACAGUAGUGGUGAUCAUCUCAUAGGUACGCUGAAAUAGAUCACUUCUGUUCGACUCUCGACUUCUCCUGACAGUAGUGGUGAUCAUCUCAUAAGACGAACGCGCGGUUGAGGAUCCUUCGAACCGACAAUGGCGGGGAGUACCGAUCAAACGCAUUCACGGAGUUCUGCAAAUCCAAGGGCAUUCGUCGUCAAUACUCUAUCCCUUACACGCCUCAACAAAACGGUCGCGCCGAACGUGUCAACCUCUCCAUCGUCGAGGGCGUCCUCGCUCUCCUUGCGGACGCCCGUCUGCCGGCCACCUUUUGGGAUGAAGCGGCUGCGUAUUUCGUUUAUUGCAAAAACAGGUGCUCACACUCAGCUUUGGCCAAACAGACUCCAGAAUCCGUUUGGAAUGGCCAAUGCACCACCGCCACCGCCCUCCACCCGUUCGGCUGCACAGCCUGGCUCACGGUCGCCCCGGACCUUCGCAGCAAGCUCGACCCCAAGGCCGCGCGCGUGAUCUUCACAGGUUACGACCUCGCCUCCAAAGCUUUCCGUUUCUUUGACCAUUCCAUCAACAAGAUUGUACUUGGUCGCAAUGCCACCUUCCUCGACGACGACUUCCCCGGCCUGCCAGUCACCACGCCCGUCGAUGCAGACGACACCGACCGUCAGUUCGUCGUUCCCGCCGACACGCCCGCCCCUGCCGUCAAGACGAGGACCCCACUAGUAAGGUCGGCGCACAUGGACGUCUCAUCCUCCCUUGAUGAUUCUGCCAUGAGCGCCGUUGACGUGGCCCCAGGGUACACUGGCGGAACCUUACUUAAUUCCACAGAUACCGAAUCGUCCUCGUCACCGUCUCCUGAGCCGUCCUCGUCACCGUCGCCCACAAACCCUUUGUCACCGUCGCCUGCGCUGUCACCGUCGUUGGCAGCGUCAUCGUCACCCUCGGUCUCACCGACCGACUCUGACUACUCCGCCGACCCUCUGGACCUCAUCGGCUCACAGACCCCGACUCGCCUUGGCCCACCGGACGUGCACCGCCCAGACUUCAGCACGUACCGUGAGCCCGCAUCGGCUGAGGAGUCGCCCGACGAACUCGACAUCAUUGGGCGUCACUCGCGCGAUGAAUCGCCGGAUGAAAUCGAUUUCCUCACCCAACACCACCGCGCCUUCAUCGCCACAGACGACGACGACCCCACCCUCGACGCCAUCGAGCCCGUCAAAUCGAUCACUAGCGACCCCCAGACCUGGCGCGAAGCAAUGUCCAGCGACGAGCACAACAUCUGGGCUGAGGCCGCCGCCGCCGAGUUCACCGCCAUGCGCGACGACUUCAAGGUGUUCACCAUCGAGCCUCGCUCAUCUGUACCGCCGGGCGCCACCAUCGUCACCUCCAAAUUCGUCUGGAAGACCAAGCGCAACGCAAGCGGUGAAGUCACGGGGCGGAAGGCACGUCUUGUAGCGCAGGGUAACCGACAGCGCGACGGCAUCGACUUCUCAGAAACCUUCGCACCCGUCGCCCGUUUCUCCUCCAUUCGCUGCCUCCUGGCUCUUGCCGCUGCCAAUGGCUACCACGUUCAUCAGGCCGACAUCGACAAGGCUUACCUCCACGGCGAGCUCGAUCAUGAUAUCUGGAUGACGACACCACGCGGUUUCGACUUCCCGAGCGAUAAGGUUCUCCGGCUGCGACGCUCAAUCUACGGUCUCAAGCAGGCCGGUCGCAUCUGGAAUCGUCACAUUGACACAUCACUCAGGAAUCUGGGGUACAAGGCAACAGGCACUGAUCACUGCAUUUACUCUCGCAUUGACGAUCAGCAGCGGCCUCACUAUAUCGCCUUGUAUGUCGACGACCUCCUCAUUGUCAGUCCAGCCCUCGACGAGAUCGAACGUGUCAUCUCCGGCCUUGAACAGCGGUACGGCGUCAAACGACUCGGCCCCGCGGAGUACAUCCUCGGAAUCCAAAUACGCCGCCUGGACGACGGUUCCAUUGCUCUAUCCCAGGAGCGCUACAUCAUGGACGUGCUGGCCCGUUUCCACUUCGACACCACGACACGCGGCACUACGGUGCCGAUGACGCCCGGCCUCUCGCUCACGGCAAUUCCGGGUCAGGGAACGGAGCGCAUUCGUUCGUGGUACCUACAGGCCAUCGGCUCCCUCCUCUACAUCUCCCUUGGCACUCGACCCGACAUUGCCUUCGCCGUCUCGUACCUGUCCCGGUUCGCCAACAACCCCGGCCGCCGCCAUUGGAUUGCCGUCAAACACGUCCUUCGCUACCUUCGCGCCACGUACCGCGAUGAGCUUCUCUAUGCCCGCGGCCCAGCAAAAGUCACGGGUGUGGUUGGUUAUUCUGAUGCGAACUGGGGCGCCUGCGUCGACACAUCCAUUUCAACGAUGGGCUACGUAUUUUACUUGGCAGGCGCCGCUGUCUCUUGGUCGUCGAAGCGUCAGACUCGGGUAGCGGAUUCCACCACUGAUGCCGAGUACCUGGCCUUGUCGCACGCGGGUAAGGAAGCGAUCUACCUUAACCAACUCCUCUCCGAGCUCCACGUUUGCCCAAUCGCUGCAGCUCACAUCUUCACCGACAACGAGGCCGCGGCCGCCGUCGCUCACGACCCCGUUCGCACCUCCGGCACCCGGCACAUUCGCCUCCGCGAGCAUUUUGUCCGUGACAUGGUCAAUCGAGGUGAUAUCUCUCUCUCACACGUUGGCACAGCAGACAUGGUUGCGGACGUAUUCACCAAAGCGCUAGGCCCCAAGAUUUUUGGUACACAUUGCUAUGCUCUAGGCCUCCGGACGCGACAUCCACGGCUCAAGUCUACCUCGCGUUCGCGUGGGGGGGGGUGUGAGGAAUCCACUCUCCGCUCGGCUCAGGACUUAGGCGCGCGGAGCGAACCGGGCGCGGACUUAGGCGCGCGGAGUGAGCCGGGCGCCCCGGCCCAGGACUUAGGCGCGCGAAGCGAGCCUGGGACUUAG